AUGAAGCUCUAUGAUGCGAUGACCCCGAAUUCCCUGCGGGUGCAUGUCUUUCUUUCGGAGAAGGGCAUCCAGGUUCCGAGACAGCAAGUCGAUGUCCUGAAAGGCGGUACGCGGACGCCCGCCUUCCUGGCCCUGAACUCCCUGGGCGAGCUUCCGGUGCUCGAACUCGACGACGGAAAAAUCCUGACUGAAAGCGUCGCGAUCUGCCGCUACUUCGAAGCCCUGCAUCCCGCGCCGAGACUGUUGGGCGAGGGCGCCUACGAACAAGCCCGGGUCGAGAUGUGGAACCGGCGCAUGGAGCUGUAUCUCUUCGACGCCAUCGGUGCCGUCGCGCAACACAGCUUCGAUUUCUUCGCCGACAAGGUCGAGCAGAGCCCGGACUAUGCCGCCGCGCAGAUGCGCCGUUUCGACAAGCUCCUGGCCUGGCUCGACCGCGAGUUGUCCGACGGACGGCCCUUCAUUGCCGGAGAGCGUUUCACGAUUGCGGACAUCACCGGCAUGGCCGUGCUGAUGGUCUGCGAUCUUCUGCCGAAGAGACUGCCAAGCAGUCUGAGCCAUGUGAAACGUUGGGAAGACAGCGUGCGGAUACGGCCGGCUUUCGCGGAGCGUGUGCGCAGCGCGGCCUAA